AUGGGUCUUCUCUGGAGUGCCACGGCCUUGCUCGCCGCUCGCGCAGCCCACGCUCUUCCGGCAAGCUCGACUUCGAGCGCUUCAACCCUGAACGUGCCGAGAACAGCUGCAGGAGCUUCAAUCCCUCACACCAACUCAUUCGCCUCAUUCUCGUUUGAGCCCGCCUUCUGGGUCGAGUUCUUUGGCAACUCCACGACCCCGAACAACCUCACCUUUGGGCUCCUCGAGCGUAUCCACGAACAUGGAGGACACCCCGUCAUCCGUCCCGGCGGCAUCACCAUGGACAGCAUGAUCUUCGAUCCGGAAGGCCCCGACUCAGUCCGGACUACCAGCCCCGAAGGCGGCGUGUGGCGGACGACGGUCGGUCCGAACUACUACAAGAGCUGGGACAACUUCCCCGAGGGCACGAAGUUCAUCUCGACACUUAACUUCGGCAACGAGAGCUUGGACAUUGCGAGGGACCUCGCGGUAGCUUCUACAAAGUACCAGGGCGAUAAAAUCUCGUACUUUGAGCUGGGCAACGAGCCGACGAACUACGCCUCCACGCGCUGGAACUAUUCAACGCAAGCGUACGUCGACCAGUGGAAGGAGUACACCCACGCCAUCGACGCCGCCGUCAACGAGACCGGCACCAACAACCUCACCAGCGAGCGCUGGUGGGCGUCCUCCGCGACCACCGACGACUCCGGCCUCGAGGUCCGGCCGAUCGCCCUCAUCCCAGCCGGCGUCGACUCGGAGCACCAGGUCGGCGUCUACUCGAUCCACUCGUACCCCUUCUCGACCUGCGACCCGGCCCGCAACGUGCGCGCCACGAUCGAGAACAUCCUCAACCACACGGAGCUCGUGCGCUACUGCGACGAGGAGAUCUACCCCUCCGCCCGCGCGGCGCUCGACGUCGGCAAGAGCUGGAACAUUGGCGAGUUUAACUCCGUCUCGUGCUCCGGCAAGCCCAACGUCACCGACACCUUCGCGCAAGCCCUCUGGGUCGUUGACAGCGAACUCAUCUACGCCACCCGCAACGCCUCCGCGACGCACCUCCACAUGGGCGCCACGCUGGUGCUCCAGUCCAGCGACCAGAGCAACACCCCCGGCGAGAACGGCAGCCCUGGGUACAGCACGUACUCGAUGCUCUACCCGCGCGACAGCCUCAAGCGUGGUCCGGCCCGAGCGCUGCCGUCGUUCCUUGCCCAGCUGUUCAUGGCCGAGGCGUUCGCCGUCGAGGGGACCCAGGUCCGCGCUCUCGAGGCGCCUUCUGGCGUCGACUCCGAGAGCUUCGCCGCUUAUGCCUUCUACGUUGACGGCGCCAUCUCCAAGAUUGCCCUCGUCAACUUGAAGCCUUACUACGCCAACUCUACCUCCGACUUCACUGUCAGCGUUGAUCUGACUUCUCUUGCGGAUGCUGCAAAGGGGGAGAGCAUCUAUGCGAAGCGCAUGACGGCGCCCUAUGUGAACACCGGCGACACCAACCUGGCAACAUUCGGUGGCCAGUCAUUCCCUCAAGGUCAGCCUGUAGGAGAUAUGGUUAUCGAGAAAGUCGACGGUACGGUGGAUGUCAGGGGUAGCGAGGCACUCUUGGUGUUCUUCGACGAGAAUGUAGUCUACGGACUGUAG